CCACCACCAACAAGCUGCUGCCCGCCAUGCCCUCCUCGCUCGCGCCUGCGGGCGCCAAGUCGGACUGGCUGCCGACGUUCACGACGACCAACUACCUGCAGUUCUUCGGCGCCGGCGCUCUCUGCGCAACCGCCACGCAUGGCGCCAUGACGCCCAUCGACGUCGUCAAGACGCGCAGUGAGUCGACGUCGCGGGUGUGGACGGUUUGCUGCUGGAUGGGGCGGUGUAAGCGGUCACAGGCCCGGUCAGAUGCCGGUGGCCGGCGUUCUGCGCCUAUCGCACCGCUGGCUGCGACAGGCAGCGUAGCAGCGUCCAGCUGCGGCUAUCUCAGCUGGCGUGCACCGCACAGACGGGCUGGCCGAAGCGCUGCAGACAUUCUCCUGCAUCCGCUGCGCUACCUGCCCACCUGCUUACACCUAGUCCGCAGUCCAGCUCGAGCCAAAAGGCAGCAAGCUCAACGGCAUGGGCUCGAUGGCGAAGCACAUUGUCGCCGAGGAGGGCGCCGCGGGCCUGCUCACGGGCUUCGGCCCUACGGCCGUCGGCUACCUGAUCCAGGGCGGUGCCAAGUUUGCGGGCUUCGAGUACUUCAAGAAGACGUUUGCGCAGAUGGCCGGCAGCCAGGCCGAUGCGGAGAAGUACCGCACGGCCAUCUACAUUGGAGGCGCCAGCGCGGCUGAGCUGGUGGCUUCGACUCUGCUCACGCCCCUCGAGGCGGCGCGCAUCCGCCUCGUCUCGUCCAAGGGCUACGCCAACGGCCUGGUGGGCGCGGUGGGCCGCAUGGCCAAGGAGGGCGGCCUCGGCGAGUUCUACGCCGGAUACGCACCGCUGCUCUGCAAGCAGAUCCCGUACGCCAUCGGCCAGUUCACCACGAUGGAGAUGCUCUCCGACCUCGGCUACACGAAGCGCUUCAAGGCCAAGGGCAAGACGAGCGAGAUUGCCGUCGAUCUCGGCAACGGCAUGCUUGCCGGCGCCGCGGCCGCCGUGCUCUCGCACCCCGCCGACACGCUGCUGAGCAAGAUCAACAAGGGCGGAGGCGGCAAGGGCGGCGCCAUGAAGAAGCUUCUCGUGCUGGCAAAGGAGACGGGCCCCGUGGGCAUCUGGGCCGGCCUCGGCACGCGUGUCGUCAUGACGGCCUUCCUCAUCAGCGGCCAGUUCGCCAUCUACGGCCAGAUCAAGGCUGCUGUUGGCGCGCCCGCCGGCGUCAACAUCGCCAAGGUCGACGUCAAGAAGGAGUCGUAGCUGCUGCGUACCAUGCAGGUGCGCACACGUCCCAUAGAUGCUCCCACACUCCCAUCUCUGCUCCCGCGACGGCAUCUGCCGUGAUAUCCCCUUGCCCUUCACCUUCGUCU